GGUUCUGCCUGUGCGGGUUGCUCCAGACGCCCGCGGCGGCGGUGGCGACCCCUCGGCGGUCGCGAUGUGGCCCCUGGUGGUGGCGUUGCUGCUGGGCUCGGCGUGCUGCGGUUCAGCUCAAUUAAUAUUUAAUGUCACAAAAUCAACAGAAUACACCAUUUGUAAUGAAACUGUUGUCAUCCCAUGCUUUGUUAAUAAUGUGGGAGCGAAGUCCAUUAAAGAAAUGUACGUAAAGUGGAAAUUUAAAGGAAAAGACAUUCUCACCUAUAAUGGAGAUAAAAAUGUGACUUUAACCAGCAGUAAUUUUCAGAGUGCAAAAAUCUUACCAGAAGAAUUAUUGAAUGGGAUUGCCUCUUUGAAGAUGGGUAAGAGUGACGCUGUUGUUGGAAACUACACUUGUGAAGUAACAGAAUUAAGCAGAGAAGGUGAAACCAUCGUGGAACUGAAAUAUCGUGUUGUUUCAUGGUUUUCUCCAAAUGAAAAUAUCCUUGCUGUUAUUUUUCCAAUUUUGGCUAUACUUCUGUCCUGGGGACAGUUUGGUAUUGUGACACUUAAAUAUAAAUCCAGUCACACAAAGGAGAAAGCCAUUCUUUUAUUCGUUGCUGGACUAGUGCUCACUAUAGUUGUCAUCGUUGGAGCCAUUCUUUUUGUCCCAGGUGAAUAUUCAGCAAAAAAUGCUUCUGGACUUGGUUUAAUUGUAAUUCCUACAGCGAUAUUAAUAUUACUUCAGUUCUGUGUAUUUAUGAUAGCUAUUGGGAUGUCCUCCUUCACCAUUGGCAUAUUGAUCCUUCAGGUGGUGGGCUAUGUGCUCUCUUUGGUUGGCCUAAGCCUCUGUGUCACAGAGUGCACCCCAAUACAUGGCCCUCUUCUGAUUACAGGUUUGGGUAUUAUAGCUCUAGCAGAAUUACUUGGAUUAGUUUAUAUGAAAUUUGUUGCUUCCAAUCAGAAAUCUAUACAACCUCCUAGGAAAGCUGUAGAGGAACCCCUUAAUGCAUUUAAAGAACCAAAAGGAAUGAUGAAUGAUGAGUAACUGAAGUGAUGGACUCCCAAUGGAGAUCAGUAAGACAUCAAAGUUCUUGUGUUUAAGCACCAUGGCCUUGAUUCACUGUUAAAGAGAAAAAAAGAAGACAAAUAAUUGGUAUUCAUCUGUGAGAUAAUAUAAAUCAUUGACCCUUAAAUGAUUGUUACAGUUAAGUUUUUAUUCAAAACAUCUGUAAUUUAGUUAAUAAAAGAAUUAAGACUGUGGUGUAUGCCCAAUUGAGAUCCAGUUUUUUUGUUGUUAUUUUUACUCAAUUAGGGGCAAAAAUUAGAGUGGGCAACUCCCAAGAAUGAUGUCUCUCAGAUCCUAGGGUCCCUUGACUCUGGGCCACAAGUGUAAAUUGGUUCAAGGUGAGAAUUACCUGACCGAUCAGUAACACCGAGAUAUCCAUGGAAAACAGUGGCUUCCAGUGAACCAGAGCAGACUCAGAUUUGCAAUAGCUUUGACACUUGUGGUGCUGACUGAGUAAUGUGUCUGCCACUUCUUCAAUAGCCUCUUAAGCAUGGACAGGAAUUUGGUUUGGAACAUCUUGUACGUCACCUUUGUGUGAUGUGAUACCAAUGUGGAGGUCGUGGUCUUCCUUCCUGGGGGUUGCCUUUCCCAUUCUUCCUUUACCUUGCAGUGUAACAGAUCCUUUGCAGAUUUUUAGGAUAAUUUUAUCGAUGGAUGUGUUUUUCUUUUAUUCGCACAACCCUGUAAAGCCGGUCUUGUCCUCCUGUUAUUUGCUUCUGCUGUACAAGACGUAGAACCUUUUCUCCUCUUUGAACAUGGUCCAGUGACACAGUAGCAUCAUUGCAGAAAGGAGCCAGACUUGUUCUCAAAGAACUAUGUUCACUUUUCAGCAAAAGUAGCAAUGGUUGUAACAUAUGUAUUCCCUUCCUCUGAUUUGAAGGCACAAUCUAUAAUGUUUCUUCACUUCUUUUCUGAUCUGGGGCAUGAAAAACCAAGAUUGAGAUUUGAACUAUGAGUCUUCUGCAUGGCAACAUAAUGUGUGUCACCGUCAGGCCAAUGGGCCAGCCCUUGCAAGGGUGGUUUUCUUACUGUUGUAUCUAUGUUGCAUGAUAAACACUCAUCACUUUCCUCCUGUAGUCCUGCCUCGUACUCCCCUUACUCUAAGAUUGAAAGGUAAAACAAAACCCCCACGUUUCCUACCCCUUUUAGAAGAAAAUUAACAUUCUGACAGUUGUGAUCGCCUGGAGUACUUUUAGAUUAUUAGCACUCGUUUCCUCCUUUGUGGGUGUGUGUUCGUAUGUGCUCAUGUACAAGAUAGGCACAGGCAUCUUCUGUAUGGACAAAAGUGGGGUACCUACAGGAGAGCAAAUGUUAAUUUAUGCUUUUAGUAAAAACAUUUAAAAACAAAGAUCUUUAUUGGGUGGAAUUAUAUUUGAUCAUUAAAAACUUCUAGGUAAUUUGCCCAGUUUUUUGACUGCUCACCAAUACCCUCUAAAACUACUAAUUAUUCUUCCUAUUUGUGUAAUAAUAAGACAUUCAUAUUUGUAGUUGCAUUACUAGUAGUUACUUGUUAGUCCACUGAGUGUUCCCAUGUGGCUCUUUUACGCCAAAUUUAACUGUCAUAUCUCAUGAUGGGUCCAGGUGGUUUGCUCAUGGCAAACCUGAAUUUAUGACCUGUUGAUGUUACUCAGAAAACUGAACACACAAAAGACAGCUCUUCUUGAAAAAAAAAGUCUUCCCUAAUUCUGUUGCUGGCCAAAAUAAUAGCAUGUGUAGAAUGGGCAAUAUUCCUUUAUAAAAACCAGAUGACUCCUGUUGCUCUUUUUCCUUCUGAAAAUAUUUAUACUUUACUAAUAUUAUUUGUUACUUGAGAAACCAGCUUUGAUGAAAGGAGGAAAAAAACAGUUGACCUUGAAAAAAAUCUAAAUUCUUAUUCUCUCAAGAAAAAGGUAUGACGAUCUUUAUAGUAAACUCUUUUAUAAACUAAAGUUUACCUUUUAAUAUGUAGUCAAUUCUCAUUUAUUUGGGGUUCAGUCUUGAGACUUCCCCAUCCUUUGUGUUCUCUUAAUGCUGCCUACCUUUGAGGCAUUCACUGCCCUAGACAACUCUCAGAGGUAGCAGGAGAAAUUCCAGAUGAAAUCAACUCUUGCUCUCACUAGUUGUCAGAUUCUCUGGAAAAGGGACCAUAGCAGCAGGAGUCCUCUUGCUUGGGCAUCAUUGGGCCAGUUCAUUCUCUUUAAAUUAGACUUGUAAUGGUUCCCAGUUUUCUGCCACAGCAAAUUAAAAUUGCUAAUGAUGUGUGAGCAUCAUCUAUCUGCACCCCCUCCCCCUCAUCUGCUUUUUCCUCACUGAUCCCAACUUUUGUGGUUUAUUCCUCCAUUCUACUUUCUUCGUUGUAUGUUCUCAGAGUGACACCAUUUGUCAUAUUUACAACAACUUUUCCAGCCUUUUGGCCAAAUCAAAUUUUAUUCUUGCCUUCAAAACUUUAUCCUCCUGCCCUUCCACCCCCCACUGGCUCUCUUUUGCAGUCUAUCCCCAUCUGUCUAGCUGCCUUUUUCAUCUCAUACUUUUCCUAGUACUUCAUGUGAUUCUGCAUAGCUCUUCUGGAUUUUGUUUGUUUGUUUGUUGUUUUGUUUGUUUGUUUGCUUUUGCCUUGCUUCUCUCACUCAAUUGAAAAAUUCCUCCUCAGCAAGAAUUUUCUUUUUUUUCUUCCUUUCUCUUCCUGCAGUGUUUUGCAUAUAUUAGCCACUCAGUAUCUAAGUUUGAUAUUUGAGAGUUGACUAUAUGAAAUAGAUUUCCCACUAUUUUGAAGAGGGUGAGCUAGAGAGUUUUCUUCUUUUGACAAAUUUCAUGUGUUCUGAAAACCUUAAAAGGUGACAAUUUUCACCAGGAAAAUUCAGAUCCAUCUGUUUAAAUUUCUGAGAAUGUGAGGAUUAAAAUAAUGGGGAUACCCCCUAAUUGAGAGUAUUGUUCUAUUUUAGGAUGCUGUUGUCAGUUUUGUAAGUGACCAACCAAAUUGUGGUUUGAGUUAGUAAAGCUCAAAAAAGUGAUAAGUUCACUACUUCAUCUCAUUAAUAAAAAUUAAUUAAGCUUAUAUAGAUUUUUCUUGUCCUAAAAUGGGUAUUCAGAACCAGAGAGCUUGUGUAUGUAUGGAAUACGUACCUGUUUAUUUACCUGUCAUUGGAAACUGGAGAAAUGAUUUUGGGCAACCUUUAUCUUUUUAUCGUGUUUGAUGGAGUAUUUGUUUAGAAACAUUAGUUUUACAUUUGUCAUAUUUUCAAAAUCACUAACUACCGUCACCCACAGAGGUCCUUUGUUAUGUCAUUUUCAGUGGCUAAUAGGGAUAAUCCAGUUAACUUUCAAGAGAAGAGCAGUGAACAGGAAGUUUUCCUGCAUUUGGCUUUUGACAGCUCUUAUCAUUUUAGACCAUCCUUCCAUUACAUUUAGUCUUUUGAAAAAAUAAAAGAGGGCAUUUGUAAUAAGCUUCUCUGUAAGACAACAUCAGUGGAAUCUUAAAAGUGUUGUUAACAUGGUUGGUGAGAGGGGAAACAUUUUUGUUUUUAUUAGCCGGAGCAUUAUUUACAAAAAGCCAUUGUUGAGAAUUAGAUCCCACACCGUAUAAAUAUCCAUUAACCAUUCUAAAUAAAGAAAACUCCAGUGUUGCUAUGUGCAAGAUCCUCUCUUGGGGGCUUUUUCCAUAGCAAUUAAAGGUGUGCUAUUUGUCAGUAGCCAUUUUUUGCAGUGAUUUAAAGACCAAAGUUGUUUUACAGCUGUGUUACCGUUAAAGGUUUUUUUUAUAUGUAUUAAAUCAAUUUAUCACUGUUUGAAGCUUUGAAUAUCUGCAAUCUUUGCCAAGGUACUUUUUUAUUUAAAAAACAUAACUUUGUAAAUAUUACCCUGUAAUAUUAUAUAUACUUAAUAAAACAUU